UUUUUCUUCCAAAUUUCCAGUUCAGAAAUCAGAAUAUAUAUAAACCUAAAACCCUUAAUUCUUCCAUAGCAAUCCACUCCAUUGCUGCACCUCAGUUCUAGAAGCAUUCUCCUCUAUCCCAAUGACUGACUCAUCCGAAGAAGCAAAGCAAAUCGAGAAGCUUUACGAGUUUGGCGAGCGCCUCAACGAGUCCAAGGACAAGUCCCAG